GGCAAAUUGGAUCGCUUUCCUCAUCUCAAAAUAAAAAGUUCUUCCAAGAUAUGUACAUGGCAAGAAAUGGCGUGAUUGUUUGAAAGGCAAACAAACAUUCUCACGCAUGCCAGCGCAAAAAUAAUUCAGAACCACGCAUGCUGCGCGCAUUAUGCACACCGAGAUUUGGAAUCCUUCAGCGCCCUGUCUGAGCAAUACCGCUGCAAAAGCGCCCAAGAUGAAAACAUGAGGAGGCUGCAGCCAUCCGUCGUCUGAAACCGCUCCCGCAAUGGGGAGCGAAAGAAAUUUCUCCAUAUUGACUCAACCGAAAUCUCACUGUUAUUCUCCACGAGAGUCUUAGCUGUAUUACAAUGGCAUUGCCCGAGUGAUGUCUCAGAAAUCUCAUGGAAAGGGUGCGUUGGGUAGCCAUUCGCACGAAGAAGAGAUGGAAAGUAAGGGUGGUCAAUUCCUGGAGUGGUGUCGGAAGCCUACAUGAUAAUAUCAUGAGCUAGCAGCAUAGGCAUCGACAGCGAACGGAUUCCUUGGUUAUCUAGACUACAAUAUAUGCAGCUUGGAAAAAAAAUAAGGCGUUCUAGAAGAUUGCAAUUAUGCGGCACUGGAGUUUCGCUGGGAUAAAGAUGGUCUCUACUGGAUCAGAAGCUUCCAACAUCGAAUCUAUCGGAUGCAAUACUGCGUCAUUAAUCCAGCAGAUACCACUUUUAGCCACCAAAAAUCAAUAAUUGUGUGAUUGUUCUCGAAUUGCAGAUGCCGCUCACGGUAUAGGGACUAAUCGUUUAACACAACCUUUGUCCUGUAGGGUUAAACUCUAGAGUCUGCAUCGACAUGGGAACUGGACCAGUGUCAGGCCUAAUAGCUAUCGAGUAUAUUGCACUAUCAAUAAUGACCGAAUUGCCAUUGCAGGAUCUCUGCACCUCGAAGAUAGGUUGUGUCAUAGAAUCGUUGCUACCCACCGGUUCCCAACUAACAAUUUCCAGAGAGCUUCGUUCUUGGCAAUUCGAAGCAUAUCUUAAAAAGAUGACACUGUCCCACUCUGUGUUAACGAGUUAGUGUUAUAGAAAGAUAAUCAACAGUUACUCCAUCAAGGACAAAAAUGACGAAGAAGUCAAAGAAGGUCAUUGUGCACAAGAAAAGUCAUGUUGCCAAAAAGCACAACACAGGCACAGUCUCAAGUACAGCCGAUGAGCCCAUUGGCAUCGGCGGGAAGGCGCAUGGCAAAGUUCGCAGCCAAGCAAACUCCUUGGCCUCUCAUGAGAAGUCGUCCAAUGCCGAACUUGCGGAAGAGAACAAAGGAUUUUCUGAUUUACAUUCUGAUCAGAAUUCCCAAAUUCCUACUUGCGAUUUCUGUACCAGAGAAUCGGGUAUCUGUGGGGACUGUUCAGGAGGUGGCCAUGACUACGACACCGAGUCCGAUAAUACCGGUGGACACGGAUACACUACCGAUAUGAAUAAGCCUGGGGACAGGAUACAAUUGCAGCUCUGGUCGUACGAGACUUCUCAAAUAACCGUCGCUGAAAAAUUAGAACAGAGAAAGUGGUGUGGUCCAUGUCAGAAACUUUGAAAGACUAAAUAAGCCGGCAACAAAGUUUUCACUUUGGGAUUGGCAUGAGUGUUGGAACUUUGAUUGGAAUAUAAAAGUGGCGCGUUUGCUUGAGCAGGCAGUGAGGUGGCGAGGAAUCUUGUGUGAGACGUGACAUGAGAGAUGUCUGAUGAAACUAGGAGUUUGAUCUUGAAAGAAUUCUCCUGAUUGUCUCUCGUAUUGAAGUAAAAGUGUGGUGGUUUGUUCUGAUCUUUUAAACUGUUGUUAAUGAGAAGGUUGGGAAAGUAAACAUUGGACAAUCGAGAGAAUCAAAAAGCAUCCAAGAGGUGGACAUUUAUUGCAGCUCUUAUCUAUCCAAUCAAAUACUCUGUUGGCAAAAGUGGCUUAAAAUGGUAAGGCUUAGGUAGGUGGCUUUGUGGCUUUGUGGCUUAAUAGCAGCCGGAGUGCAACGGUACCUACCUAACGGUAAACUUGCUGCUAGCCCGCUGGAGCUGCUAGCUGCUAGCUAACCAAACACAAACUUUGUUCCAUCCAACGAAAAGUAUCCUCAAGUAUGCUUUGUACUUCCUCCAUGCAUCACAAUUAAACAUGACAACAAAAUCGAUCGUAUUGCACGAUUGUCAUAGCAAUUCUUCACCUGUAGUACAAAUGUUAUGUACUUUGUUUCUGAUACUGCAUAAUUCACCUGCUUUGACCGCCUUAGUCUCUGAGCUCUCAUCAGCAAGCAGG